UUGUUCUCUUUUGAUUUUUUUACAUUAACGAGUACGACACGGAGACUGAGGGCGGCGACGAGCUUCUCCCGCGGCGGACUGCGGCGGCCCUCUCGAUCUCCGAUUAACAAGAAAAAUCCAAAAAAAAAAGGAAAAUUUCGAAAUCCCCACAAAAAAAGGUGUAAUUUUGAUACUUUUGUUCAUUUAUUUUGUGAUUUCGUUCAGAUUUCAUGAUUCCCGAUCCGUGUUCAUCGCGGUUCCUGAAUCGUUGAUGCGACGGUCGCAUGCCCGUUCCAGGGUGAAGAGUAAAUCAGAUAGAUCAUCGAUGGAUCCGGUCAAGCUUCAGACCCGACCCGGAUACCGAUCGUCGUCGAUUAACGCGUUCGUUAGGGCGAACUCGAAACAACCGAAACCGAAUUCUACGUUAACCAUCGCUUCCAUCACAGCCGCGGCGGGAUUUCUCUUUGUUUUCUAUUUGAUCCUGUUCUCUGGCGAGAAUAAGAUAAGCUCGCUCCGAUACAGCGUAGUGAUUGAUGGGGGAAGCACUGGGACCCGAAUCCACGUUUUCGGGUACCGGAUCGAGUCGGGAAAACCCGUAUUCGAUUUCAGAGGACACAAUUAUGCGAGCUUGAAGGUGAAUCCUGGUCUCUCGGCUUACGCGGACGAUCCAAAUGGAGCAGCCGUGUCAUUGUCGGAGCUCGUGGAAUUCGCGAAACGGAGAAUUCCGAAGGGGUUACGGAUGGAGAGCGAGAUUAGGUUAAUGGCGACCGCUGGGAUGAGAUUGCUUGAAUUGCCUGCUCAGGAACGGAUUCUAGAAGUUGUGAGGAGGGUCCUGAGAUCUUCUGGGUUUAAGUUCCGAGACGAUUGGGCUUCUGUUAUCUCAGGAUCUGAUGAAGGUAUAUACGCUUGGGUUAUCGCAAAUUACGCACUCGGUUCUCUUGGAGGCGAUCCUCUUCAAACAACAGGGAUAAUUGAACUUGGAGGGGCUUCUGCUCAGGUGACAUUUGUGUCAAGUGAGCCAGUGCCUUCCGAGUUCUCACGUACGAUAUCAUUUGGGAAUAUUUCUUACAGCCUCUACAGUCACAGCUUCCUUCACUUCGGACAGAAUGCUGCUCAUGAAAAGUUAUGGGAAUCGCUGGUCUCAGCAGACCAUAAUUCAGCGGCUGAAUCUCUACCGAAAAGAAUAUUUAUAGACCCCUGUACUCCGAAAGGGUACGACCUUGAUAUGAACUGGCCGAAGCUUUUAUCUGGAUUAUUGGCUGAUAAAAACAGAUUGUCGUCUCUUCGAGCUGGUGGUAGUUUCUCACAGUGCCGGUCUGCUGCCUUGACAAUCUUGCAGGAAGGGAAAGAGACAUGCACCUAUCGGCAGUGUUCCGUUGGAUCAACUUUCACGCCUAAGCUCAGAGGAAAUUUUUUGGCCACAGAAAAUUUCUUCUACACAUCUAAGUUCUUUGGGUUGGGAGAAAAAGCAUCAUUGUCUGAUCUGAUUUCGGCUGGGGAGAAAUUCUGUGGAGAGGAUUGGUCAAAGUUGAGGGUAAAAAACCCGUCACUAGAAGAUGAGGAUUUGCUCCGAUACUGCUUCUCUUCAGCAUAUAUUGCGGCAUUGCUUCACGACAGUCUCGGCAUUUCUCCUGAUGACGGAAGAAUCAUGUUCACAAAUCAAGCUGGAGAUAUGCCGCUCGAUUGGGCAUUGGGCGCUUUCAUCCUAAAUACUGCAUCGACAAUCUCUCAUGCAUCUCAUCAUCUCGCUUGGAUCAAUGCCCUUAUCGGUCAUGACUCAACGAAGCUGCUCUAUCUCAUCGGUAUAUCAAUCUUUCUAGUUUUUUCGGUGUGUUGGGUAUCCAAGUGGAGAAAACCGCAGCUGAAAACCGUUUAUGACCUCGAGAAUGGCCGGUAUAUAGUCACCCGUAUUAACUGAUCUCAGACAAAAGGAUAACGAGUUCAUCGAUCAUUGUUCCACAGUUCUCACAGAAUUCAUGAAGCCCUCCAUCAAUUGGCAUAUCCAAGUUGUUCAUGGGGGGAUUGUAUGCAGGAUUCGGCAAACCGGGGUUAGAAGAGUGAAUUCUCGUUUUGUGUGGUUUGGUUUGCAAUUUCCAUCUUUUAGGGUCUUCCGAUGGAAGUAUCACAGAGUUAGGUCAUUACGAUUUGUAUUGUCAUUGUUGUCACGCAGGGUAAUAUAUGUAGAAGAUAUGUAACCUCCUCUACCUCUGCCAUUGUUUGGAACUCGAAUUUACCAGAGACGGUGUGUUUUCAUUCGAUCAA